UAUAAUUUAAAGUUUGACACAUUUUGACAAGUUCAAGAAUUUGAUUGCACGUGGUUUAUACAGAAUUGAUGAAAUGGAAGAAUAUGAACAAACAAAUAUCAAUGUAAUUCCUUGCUUAAAAUGGGUUAAACAAGGAGUUGCAAAAGCUCAGCCAGAUAAAAUAGAAUUUACCCCUAAAGAGGUGAAGGAAAUAAUCAAGAAAAUAAAAGAAGAUGCAGAUGAUAUAACAGAAGAAGAAAAUCAAGCAAUUGAUGAAACACUUGAAGAUGAGACUGAAACUGAGGCUGUAGAAAAUGAACCAAGCACUGUUGAUCCAAAUGAUGAAUUUAAUUUUGCAUCUUAUGAAAGUGAAGCUGAAAAGCCAAAUCCUUUUUUAUUGUUUGAUCGCAUCGUUGAAUGUGAUGAUGGAAAUGAUUCAGUUGAAGAUAAUGAUGAUGAUAGUGAGAAAGAGGAUGAUAUUAUUAAACCCAAUGACAAUCUCCUUCUAGUUGGGCAUGUUGAAGGAGAUGCAAGUAUAUUAGAAGUUUAUGUUUAUAAUGAAGAAGAUGAUUGUUUGUAUUGCCAUCACGACUUCUUGCUGCCAAAUUUUCCUCUGUGUAUUGAAUGGUUGAAUUUUGAUCCAUCGGAUCCAAAACCAGGUAAUUUAUGUGCUGUUGGCACUAUGGAUCCCGUUAUAGAAGUUUGGGAUUUGGAUGUUAUGAAUGGUUUAGAAUCUGCUUACGUUCUUGGUCAGAAAAAAUCUAAAAAAAAAUCAAAAUUAAAAGCGAAAGAUACUCUUCGCAAAGGUCAUACAGAUGCAGUUUUAGCCUUAGCCUGGAAUGAAAAUUACAAUCAUGUACUAGGUAGUGGCUCAGUUGAUGAAUCCGUUUUAUUGUGGGAUUUAAAUAUUGGAAAACCUAGUGAAGAUAUCAGAGUAUUUAAAGAAAAGGUUCAAAGUAUUCAGUGGCAUCCAUUUGAAUCGCAUUCAUUGUUAACUGGUAGUUGUGACAAAAAAACGCGAGUAUUUGAUUGUCGAGAUAAUCCAAAACAAAAUUGUUUAGAAUGGGAACAUUCAGGUGAAAUAGAAAUAGUCACGUGGAAUAGUUUCGAACCAUUCUGUUAUUUAACUGGUACAAGUGAUGGGUAUUUAUCAUAUAUUGAUUGUAGAAAUAAAACACCACUAUGGAACUUCCAAGCUCAUGAAAAAGAAAUAACAGGUAUAUAUGUGAGUUCUAAAUGUCCAGGAUUAGUUGUAACAUCUUCCCAUGAUGGAAAUAUUUCAACAUGGGAUUUAUAUAAUAACAAUGUAACCGAUGACUAUAAAUGUGAAACACAACCAACGAAAAUAAAUGAAAAACAUAUAAAUAUCGGACAAAUACAAUGCUUUGGAUCAUGCCCAAAUAAUCCAUUUGUUGUGGCUGCUGGUUCAGAUAAUAAGAAUAAAAAUUUAAAAGUGAUUAAUUUACUAAAUGAUGAUUUAGUGAAUGGAAGAUUUUCAAAACGAAAAUUAAUUGAAAUGAAAGUGGAAAAUGAAUCAUCAGAGUUAGGUGAUACGCUAAAUGAUAUGAAUAAUUUAUCACUUAAAAUGGAUCAAGAUUAAUCUAUUAUUAUUAAAUUGUUAUUUAAUAAAUUUAUUUACUAUAA